ACCGGUCCUUUUUACACAUUAACAUUGGCAUUUUCAAAUACAAACAUACAAAGGUAUUGAAAGCGAUUUUCAACUUAACCCAAAACAAUAUGCACGCACGAUUCAAUAAAAAUGGUGUCAUGCAGAAUGGCUCGGUACUCAUUCAUGUUUUUUAUAGUGUUAAGUGAGCUUAAAUUUUUGUACACAAAAUGACAACAAGCGAGCUGGUUGUUGUCACCCCUCCCAAGACAAACCAACCAUCAUCUCCGCGAGAGUUCUUCCAAAAGAUCUACGGUGAUCUGGAUAAAAAACCUCAACAAGGACAACCGGAAGAUCUCGUCGCUCCGGAUCCAGUCAGAAAGCCGUCUAGCAGAGAUUUGGUGGCACCUAUCCCAGUUUUGGCCACACCGCUUCCCUUUAUUCUGCCGCAUGGCGACACACAACUUGCUGCAGCAGCCGCAGGACUUUCUGCGUUCUUAGCAAGAAGGCGUCGCAAAGAAGGCCGACCUCGUCGUCAACGUACUACAUUCAGCAGCGAGCAGACCUUACGAUUGGAAAUAGAAUACCAGAGGUCAGAAUAUAUCAGCAGGGGAAGGAGAUGUGAAUUGGCAGAAGCACUCAGACUAUCCGAGACACAAAUCAAAAUCUGGUUCCAAAAUAGGAGAGCCAAAGACAAAAGGAUAGAAAAGGCGCAUAUAGACCACCAUUACAGGUUAGUCUUCAAACAAUAAAAAUAUGUUGAGGAGGUUAAUUAUACUACAAAAAGUGAAGUUUAAAGUUAAGGUUGAUUUAAUUGCAAUUCCUAUUUUUAUAUGUAAAGGGUGCCAUGAGAAGGACGGGUCAAAUGGAGAAAAAUUUGGACAAUGUUUAUACACACUCUAAUGCAUUUAAAGCAUACAGAUUACAUCUUUUUCCGAUAUCGAAUUAUUUGAAAUGAGUAAUUUAAUUUUGUUAAUUUUGGAUUGUCUUAAUAAAAAAUAAAAGACUUAUUAUAUCACAGAAAACAAAUGAGCUAUGAUGGAACUACCGACGUACGUUUUAGAUGAAAAUAGAGAGAGAUGCUGGUGAGCCAAACAGGAUGACGUUUACAUAUUUUAGUACGACGUCUCGUUUAUAAGUACAUACAUACAUAAGUAAGAAAGGGAGUUAUAAGCUUAAUGUGUCUUUGUGAAAGGUAAUUUCAUCAUGAGUGUUUUUAAACAUAACUCCAAAAAAUCUGUUCAGCGGUUUUAAGCCGGGAUAUUCAUUUUUUUUAUUCAUUCGUGUUAAUACGAAUUCGUUUUAAUU